CUAUAUAGAUAUGUUAUUCAUUCAAACUAUUUUUUAUUUAGAUAUCACCAUGUUCAAAACUGUUGCAUUUCUUGUGCUCUUCUUGAGUGCUGUUGCCUUUGCUGAUGAAGACAGAGAGAAAUCAGCAUGCGAGGAGGAUCGUGAACGUCGUCUGAAUGCCACCGUGACCACCGAAAGUUUGUUGCACUUGGUGCCCGAGUGUGAGGAGAAUGGUGACUACGCUGCUCUGCAAUGCUUCACGAACGUUGACUGGUGUGUCUGUUACAGAAGGAACGGAGAGAACAUCAACACCCCCAGCAAGAGCAUUAAGGCUUGCGAGUGCGUUAGGGCCAGGGAUGACGCCAAGACUGCAGGAGAUGAAUACGUUCCUGCCUGCACAAAGGAAGGUUAUUACAGGCCUAAGCAAUGCGAGAGAGACGAGUGCUGGUGUGUGGAUAAGGAUGGCAAUGUCACAACUGAACCUACUGUUGGUGAUGUAAAGUGCUAAGAUGUUUUGUCAGAUUAUAGUUACUCUUCAAUAAAAAAUAAAAUAUA